UCCGCUGCUCCCGCUGCUCCCGGCCCGCUCCGCUUGUUGCUCGCUGCCCGUGCCGCUCCUCCCGGCCCGCUCCUCCUGUUGCUCCGCAGCCGCUGCCGCUCCUCCUGCAGUUCCCAUCCUCCCAUUGCUCCGAUCCUUUGCUUUCCCCGCUGCCGGCCCCGCUCCCCCUGUAAUUCUGAUCUUCCUGUAGCUUCGAUCCUCCUAUAGUUCUGAUCCUCUCGGUGCUCCGAUCCUCCCGUUGCUCCGCUCCUCCGCUUGCCCCGCUGCCGUCGCUGCCUCCUCCUGCAGCUCCGAUGCUCCUGUUUCCCCUUUCUCCUGCUUCCCCGCUCCUGUCCCCUGUCUCCUAUUUCCCUGCUCUUGUCCCCUCUCUCCUGUUUCCCCGCUUGUCCCCGCUCCACCUGUUGCCGCUGUCCCGCUCCUUGUCCCGCUGCUGUCCCCUGCAUCCCGCGGGGAGCGCCGCUGGGGGCUCAGGCUUGGCAGAAGCCCAAGGCAUUAAUUAGCGCGGCUCAGGAGCGGGAUGAGCCGCUCGGUAAUCCCGAGGGGCGGGCAGAGCCCGGCUACCCGCACCGGCAUCCUGCACCUCCGGGGUUGCUCUUUUUAGCUUCUAAGCCGGAAACUGGGCGAUCUCACGGGGUCAGGCAGGGGAGAAGCGGAGCUGACGGAGCUCUGGGGCCGCUCCGGAGCUGCUGGUUCUGCCGAGGUUUGGGGUCCCGAAAAGGAUCCGUGGGCUUCCCGGGUGGGGAGGCGUGUGACGGUGUCACAUGCCCGUGGCUUGCAGUUUCACUUUGAAACCAGGGUGAAAGUCUGGCCUGGGACACAACUCACUGACAGGCAGCGGGGGUUGAGCCCUGUACCCCAUCCCUGGCCCACUGGUGUUUCCAGCAACUGGAUGUAGUGUCAUAGGGGUGGUUUGGGUACCUGGAUCCCUGUGCAGGGACAAUUUAGGUUUUGGAGUGGUCCUUGUGUGCAGGAAAGGAAGGGAAAAGCCUGGACCACCCUGAGCACUCUUCCUUCCUUCCUGGCCUUUGCCCUGGCUCAGCCCUUCCGCCUCCCCAGCCUGACUCCUUGGCUCUGUCCUGCAGCCUGCACCGGCUCCCGGGGGCUGUCACCCCAACCCGCUCCCUGCAGGGCCCCCCUCUGCCCGGGGCUGCCCCCCAACAGCGAUGGAGGGAGAGCCCACCCUGCGCCUCCGAAUCUUCGACCUCAACUGCUGGGCCAUCCGCUACCUGAGCAAGCGGCGGCAGGAGCGCGUGCGGCUCAUCGGGGACAAGCUGCGCCAGGAGGGCUUUGACCUGGUGCUGCUCCAGGAGGUGUGGAGCGAGCAGGACUACAGUGAUCUGAAGGUGAAGCUAGCAGGCUGUUACCCCUUCUCCCAUUACUUCCGCAGUGGGGUGAUUGGCAGCGGCCUCUGCGUCUUCUCCAGAUUCCCCAUCCUGGACACACUCCUCUACCAGUACUCACUGAAUGGGUACCCCUACAUGCUCCAGCAUGGGGACUGGUUCUGUGGCAAGUCCGUCGGUCUUGUCGUUAUGAAGAUCUCAGGGAUCAUCUUCAAUGUCUACGUCACCCAUCUCCACGCCGAGUACUGCCGGGACAAGGACGCCUACCUGCCCCACCGCCUGGUGCAGGCCUGGGAGCUGGCACAGUUCAUCCGACACACCUCAAAGGCAGCAGACGUGGUGCUGCUGGGAGGAGACCUGAACAUGCACCCUGAAGAUGUGGGCAUCCGGCUGCUGCGGGGCUGGACGGGGCUGCGGGACGCCUUUGCUGAGGCCAUGCGCUUUGAGGGCUGUAAGAACGGCUGCACCCUUGUCCCUGACAACUGCUUCACUGACAAGUCAGAGAUGCUGCCCUUCCCGCUGGGCAUCCGCAUUGACUACAUCCUCUACAAGGCCAUCUCCAGCUUCACGGUGAAGUGUGAAGAGCUGAAGACCACCACAGGGCCAGCCCCAGGCAUGGCCAUCCCCUUCUCAGACCACGAAGCCGUGAUGGCAACACUGCACAUCCAGAGGCAGGGGCAGCCUGCAGGUGCCACCCUGGGCACAGCUGACCUGGCACUGGCAGACGUGGUGACAGAGGCACGGACAGAGGUGGGCGUGGGGCUGCGGGCGGCGCAGCGGCAGCGCUACUCCUGGGGCAGGAUGGCCGUGCUGGCCCUGCUGCUGCUGCUGCUCCAGGCCGCAGCUGCACUGGGCACACUGGCCGGGCUGGGAGCAGAGCAGCCCUUCCCCAAGCUCUCCUUCUGCCUGCUGGCCUUCCUCUCCCUCGCCAUCCUCGUCGUCGCCACCGGUCUCCACAUCUUUCACACCAUGGAGGUGAAGAUGCUGCACGGCACCGAGGACCAGAUGUGGAUGGCACUGAGGGCCCUGCAGGAGCGUCCCAGCGAAGGCUGAGCUGAGGCUGUGGGUGGCCCACAAUGUCCCCUUGGCCCCACCAUGUCCCCUUUUUCAUCCUUGUUUUUAGCUGACUUCAGGUUUUAGGUGAGCAGCACUGCAGCCAAUGCAGUAGUGCAGAUUUGACAGCUGCCUCUGGGUGAAAUUAAGAUUUUUGGGGUAGAUUUAUUGCACUGGCCCCUGUGAGAACCACGAUGGAGGCAGAUUUUUAUUGCUGUCUUUUUAAACACACCCUUUUGUACAUGGAGGAACCCGCUGGCCUGGCUGGAAGGCCUGAGACGCUGAGGCUCCCCUUGCCUGUGGUGGCCUCAAAGUUAACACUGGUGGCUGUUCUGGCAACCAGUCCUGACUCUGAUGGAAAAUAAAGGUGGUAUUUUAACCUUU